CGCCUGACGUCACUGUCACGGGUCAUGUGACAAGGAUCACAUGACACUGUUCAGCCAGGAAGUGAAGCUGAUUGUGGAACAGAAGCAUUAUGGACAGAUACGAGAGAGCGGCUCUGAAUGCGGCCAACAUCCCCCCGGCGGAGUUCAACACAGCACGAAAUGACAGUUCCUUAGUGUCCACCCUGAAGACUCUCCUAUUCUUCACCAUCUUAAUGAUUAUGCUACCAAUUGGCCUCUACUUUUCCUCUAAGGUGUAUGUGUUUGAAGGUGCAUAUGGGAUGUCUAACAAGGAUAGUUACUUCUAUGCUGCCAUUGUGGCUGUGAUCGCUGUACAUGUAGUUUUGGCCAUGUUUGUGUAUGUGGCCUGGAAUGAAGGUUCUCAGCAAUGGCGUGAAGGAAAACAAGACUAAGGCCUUCAGACACUGCUCAGGAUACGGACUCUUUAUGUGCAGGGACCUUUCCACACUUGUGAUAAUGAUUUAAGUUUUAGGAUUUUUAUUUUAAUUUUUUUAUGUUACAAUUUCUCCGUUCCAUACUGUGUUGCUAUAGGUCUGGAUAAAAUAGUCCCAUCUUUUUCGAAAAUCACACACAGAGAGACUUCAGUGGCCCAUCCUGCAUCCCUUAUAUAUUUAAUUAUGUGCAAAAUGUUGUUUACUUUUAAUAACCAAUAAAAGGGAAAAAAAAGUG